GGAUGCCAGGCACCGUGUCACCAAGCCCGUAUAAAAGUCACGGGCAGACACAGUCCAGGCGCGCUGGGGACACGGGAGGACACCUGCCUAAAGGAGCUGCGCCGACCGGCCCGGACAGACCUCAGACACCAUCUCCUUCUCCCACACUGUGCCUGGGUCCAGCCCUGGCCACAGAUAAAAUGAGUAAAAGCUACACCUUGAAGAAUCCGGGAAGGGUAUCCUAUGAUGCUGGGAUGAUAAAAAUGUUUUGGGAGAAAAAAAUCGAGCUUCACACUAAACAGCUGCAGAACGAGGACAUGAGGAUGCGCAGGAGUGCCCUGGACAGGCUCCGCAGCGAGUGGGCUCGGAAGCUGGAGACGAGGAAUCAGACGAUGCUGAGCCGCCAGGAGGCGCCCCCAGGCCCGCCCCGCCCGGCGCCCCCGACCAGCCCGCAGCCUGAGGCCUGACCUGCUUCCCCCGACGGCCCCGCCGUGGCCCCCGCGCCAGCAGAACCGCUUUGCGGUUUUGCGUCUCUAGCGUGAUGCAAGCACCCAAUAAAAUCUAAGAUAAGUGGA